AUGAACGAGGCGAUUGGGGAGAGCGUAAAGAGCAGCCGCAGCUACAAGGCGUACAGGCUCUAUUUCAACAGCCGGCUGAUUGUCUUCAUGCUCUCAAUCUUUGUAUUUCACGUCCUCAUAGUUUUCUGCGAGGUUGCGUACAUGCUCUACUGCAGAAGUGCCCUCCUGAGGCAGAAACUCCCGAGGAUGGAUGCGUACCUGAUAAAGCUCGUGAACAGUACGAAGAAUGUAGACGUAUUCAGGACGCAAGCAAAAGUAGCUAAAAAUUGGGCUUCCAGGAGAGGCUGGGGAAUAGUAUCGCAGACUUUUGAUCUUAUCGUGAUCGUAUCUUUUUUCUCGCACGAUAUAAGGACGAAGAUAAUGCAGUACACGAGAAGGUUCAAGGGAAUCGUCCGAAUAAAUUCCUCGCACAUGUCCGUGGAGGAUUCGAACUUUCUCUGCCUCGCCCUCCUCGCGAUGGGCGUAAAGUCCGUUCUCUCCGGGUGGGUGGCAACUUCAAAGCAGGACAGCAUUGAUUUGCUCUUAAACGUUUUUAUCCAGAUGAUUCGGUGCCUUAUACUGUGCCCUGUUAUUGUGUGGCUCUUUAGCUCCGUAUACAAUAAGGUCAAAUACGGCCUUCUCUUUGCUGCGUACGUCUCCAUUACCGUCCUCAUUCUAGUGAGCAACUGCACUUCCCUUAUCCCGGAGUCCCUGGAUACGCUGGAUACAAUUCCUGCGAAGGAGUUGGGGAGUGUCCUGUACGAGGAACUGGUGCGACUGAACCUGCAGGACAGGAUAUUCUGGAUACAGGAUGCCCCGAGCGAGAAUGCUGCCCUCGUGAAAACAGGAUCUUCCAGGUACAUCAUCGUAAUGGGAAAUCUCAUUAAGUUCGGGGUGAAGGAGUUCGUCUCGUUUAUCGCGCACGAGGUUGGGCACGCAGAUGAUCACAGCACGGAGAAGAAGCUGCUUGCCUCAAUAGUGGGGAUGGGGAUUACGUGCGGAGUCCUUGUGGGGAUUCUCCACGUGAUUACGCCGAAGUAUGCGAGGAGGGGAGUCUCUAAGUUCUCGGUUCUUGCCUUCCUUAUACUCGCGAAUAUGUACGUUUUCUCCAACGUAACGAAUAUGUUCCACAAUAACCUGUGCAUUCUCUCGGAGGUGAAUGCGGACUUGUAUGCGAAGAGGCUUGGGUUUGGGAAGAGUCUGGCCACGGGUCUGUACAAGUUGAUCGUGGAAAACCGGGCUCCCCUCUUCCACUCUACGAUAUACUCGUACUAUGCCCAGGACCAUCCAACUGUUUCCUCGCGAAUUGCAUAUUUAACGUCAUAG